UACAUUCCCCGGCUUCUUCCUUCUCUGGCAUAUCCAUCCCACUUCGCGAAACAUCCACCGGAGCUCCCGAGGAGUCCAGCCAUGGCGAUCGACGAGUCCUUCAAAGCAAGCUCUCUCUCUCUAUCUCUUCCGAGUUCCAACACAAAACUCCCACGCGCAAGCCACCACCUACCGAUCUGGCCCUGUGCUCCCUAUAUUUAUUUGCUUAUUAUACACAUAUAUUUCUACUUUCUCUUGAUAUCCCCGCGUAUAUUUCUGCUUUCCGAUUAAUGGGGCGCUUAGGAUUUCUGUAUGUUUUCUUCGUUUGUUUAUGUUUCCGGAAGACUGUCUUCUUCUUUUCCUCGAUUUACGGAGUAAUUUUCGGCAGGGUGAUUCUUGCCGGUAGAGAAACAGAGGCGGGAGAACAAAAAAAUCCCCAAUGUUCAGUUCAUCGACACUUUGUCUUGGACAUUUGAUUAUGAGAUGGGUUGAUUGAUUCUCUUUCUCCUGUUGAUACGACAUUUGAUUGUUUGUUAAAAGUUCUUUUCCAUGUUAUAUUGUAUUUUACUCACUUCUUUUAAGCGAGUACAACGCAGACGCACGCAGCCCUCGCACGCCUGAACUGACUAUUGGCUACUACUUACUGCUAGACUACUACAUGAGAUUUAGUGCUAAUUAAUUUACUGGUUUGUUGAUGUCUACUCGCAUCUUGGUUGCUUGAUUUACAGAGAUUGACGCCGGCUGAAAAUUCCUGGUCUGCCAAGACCAAGAUGGGGCAGAGGAUGGCACUGGUGCAUCACAGGCUUAAUUUGCUUGACGACAGCAGACACGUUCAGGAGGACGGUGAUUUCAAGAGGAAGAGAGGGAGGCAAGCAGCAGGUGCUGAAUCUUCCAAGAGCAAGAUGGAGCAGAAGGGGAUAUUCUUCAACAGCGGCAGGAGUAGCGAUUGCAAGAGUGACAAGGAUGAUGAUUUUGAGACAAGUAGCAACAAUGAUGAUUUUCAGACGACAAGGAAGAGAGGGAGGCCAACAGGUUCAAAAUCUGCCAAGAGUAAGAUGGAGCAGAAGCGGUUAUUGUUUGACAGCAGCAGCAGUAGCGAUUGCAGGAGUGACAAAGAUGAUGAUUUUGAGCCGACAACGAAGAGAGGGAGGGCCCCAGGUUCCAAAUCUGCCAAGAGCAAGAAACCGCAGCUGGUUGACAGUAGGAGCCGAAGCAGUGAGGGCAAGGAAGACAAGGAUGGUGAUUUGGAGCCAGAGGUAUCUGAUGAUGAUGGCAGGGAUAAAUCUGCACGUGUUAAGGACUUCUAUGGCACUGCUUGGGACAGAGCUGUGAAGGUCAAUGAGAAAUUGCCAGAAGAAGGCCCAAGCUUUAUCAAGCUUAUGCUGAAGUCGCAUGUUGUUAGGGGUUUUUGGCUGGGGCUCCCGGUUAGCUUUUGCAGAAAUUAUCUUCCAGACCAUGAUGUUACAGUAGAAUUAGAAGAUGAGGAUGGCCACAGCUAUGAUACAAAUUACCUAGCUCGCAAGGGGGGACUCAGUGGUGGGUGGCAUGGAUUUGUGGUACAGCAUGAUCUUAAAGUAGGCGAUGCCGUGGUCUUUCAACUCGUGAGACCAACAAGAUUUAAGGUGUACGUACUAAGAGAAAAUAAGUUCACUACAACUGAUGGAGCCCUUAGUCUCCUGAAUUUGGACACAUCCAAGGAAAACAACAUAUCAGAAGAAAAUAGUUCGGAUGGUGAUGUCAUGUCCAAGGAGGAUUCAGAAGGUACCAGACUCGGUGGCAAUGGAACCAAUGAUGACAGCAGCAACCUAGCCAUUGAAGAAGCAGCGGACAACGACGGCAUCAGAUCUCCAGACCACCCAGACACCGGUUUCAACACCAUGACAAGCCUUAGAGACUUCAAGACCGUGAUCGAUGGCUCAGCCAUUGACCGCAAACUAAUUCCGGCUCACAUGCGCACGGCAUAUUACGAGCUCUGCCUUGCACGGAAGGCAUUCCUCCACAGGGGUCUGCUGAAGCAGAUAAGCCCAAUGUUCGCUGCAGGAGUGAUCAUGGAGACGGUCAACAUCGCCGUGGACAUCAGGGCCUCCUCUGCAUCUUCCUCUUCCCUGGAGGACCUUGCGGCGUGGAAGAAGAUUUUGGAGUCCUUUGAGUUCCUUGGAAUGGACGUCGCCUUCCUGCGCAAGCGCGUUGACGGCCUACUUGCCCUCCUCACUGCUCAGCCAGACCUCCAGGUUGCUGCACAGGAGUGUGAGGGGUAUGAAAAAGUCAAGCUGGAGAGGAAUAAUGCCGCAGAAGAAAUGAGAGCCCUUGAGUCGAGGAUGUCAAGCCUCAAGGAUGCCCUGGAGGAGAUGGACGUGGAGAUGAAAGAGAUGGUAGAGUCGAGCGCGAGGAAGAAGAAGGACCAGGCUAUGCGGCAGCUGGCGGCCGCACCAUGGUGAUCGACGACAUCUCGUGCGCAUCUUCAGUAACUAGCUUAGGGUUAACCUAUGUAUCAGUUCUAAUUGAACUUUUUUUUCCGUGCAAGCUCUAGUUAAAUGUUGUCUAUCUAGAUGGGUAGUUUGGUACAGCAACGUAUCUAGGAUGCCUUUUUUUUUGGGUGCACAUCAGCUUCAACUUGUGCGCAGCUAGCAAUGCUGCAAGAUGGAAUGAUGAAAUGUAGCCCUGCGUGUUUAUUAUGAGUCGCUCUUCGUUUGUUUCUGCA